AUGUCAGCACAAUCCACUCAGUUUCAAUCAGUAUCAUCGAAAAAUAUAGAGAUGCGAAAUGAUGCAAAUCUAUCGAAAUCAGCAUUACUUUCACCAAAUGAUGCAAAUCUAUCGAAAUCAGCAUUGCUCUCACCAAUCGAUUCUAAUCAUUUCAAAAAUCGUCAUAUAACUAUGCCGACUGCCACAUAUAUACUGAGUUGGAGUGCAACUGGAACCACUGUUGCCGGUACCGGAAUUUCAGGGUCACCGGAAACUAAUCGGCUUUGGAAUCCCUGGACUAUUGUAUUAGAUUCAACCAAUGCUCUUUACAUCGCCGAUGCCAAUAAUAAUCGAAUUCAGAAAUGGGUUAUCGGCUACUCAAUGGGAACAACGGUGGCUGGAGAGUCAAAUGGAGUAGCAGGUGCUACGCCUUAUUAUUUGAACCAGCCCUAUGGUGUUUAUGUUGACACGAAUUUCAAUAUCUAUGUGGCUGAUUCGGCGAAUGGACGAGUUCAAUUUUUUUCUAGUGGUGCAUUGUCGGGAACAACCAUCGCUGGAAUCGGUGGUAAUGGUUCUGCAUUAAAUCAACUGAAUAAUAAUUGCGGCCUUGCACUUAAUGAGAACUCGAGCACACUUUACAUAGCGGACACUAACAAUCAUCGCAUAAUGAGUUAUGCAUCAGGUGCAGCAACAGGCACAGUUGCCGCUGGUGGGAAUGGAGCAGGAACACUGAUCAAUCAACUAUAUGGUCCUAUGGCAGUUCACUUCGAUUCAACAACCAACAGCUUAGUGAUUGCUAACACGGGUGUCCACACUAUUGUUCGCUGGGCCAUAGGUGCUACUGUAUGGACACUUGUUGCUGGAUAUCCGGGUUUUUCUGGCAGCUUAUCAACAAUGCUCAACAGCCCUGCAUGCGUGAUCUUUGAUUCGCUGGGCAAUAUGUAUGUAGCCGACACAGGCAAUUAUCGCAUACAGUUUUUUUCUGCUGGUCAACGAAAUGGAACAACCAUUGCAGGUGUAACAGGAGUACAAGGUAACGCAGCUAACUUACUCAAUAAUCCACGUUCAAUAGCACUUGACAAUCAACUCAAUCUUUAUGUCGCAGACACAAGUAAUAAUCGGAUACAAAUGUUUAGUCAACUAUAA